ACCCCUUCCAUGUGGGAGUGUCGUCAUUUUUACCACCAGUUCCAUACGCCUGUGGAGAAAUCACCUGACUUCAUUCGUUGGAAGUACUCCAAGGGGCAUUUCGGAGACAUAAUUGCCAAAUUAACUGACGAGCUCAUAGUACAAAGUCACGUAGUGGUUUCAGUUUUUGAUCUUCAAGGAGAAGUAAUAGCACGCAUUUGCAAACAGCAGUUCUCUUUAAUUGUUUUCGUAGAAUCAAAGUUUGAAUUUAACACUCGUGUAUGUGGUUUUGUUUUGGAAUUCAGUCAGAACGUGAAAUAGAAAAAAGGGCUGAGAAAAUGGGGGAAAGGACACAGAAAAAGCCUGAUUUGUUCUAAAGCAAUGACACAUUUAAUCCAAGUUGUAUGUUUUGUACAACUGGCUUCAAUUGGUAAGUUUCAGAUAUCAAUACUUGUUUGACGGCUGAAAAAAUGGGGGAAAGGACACAGAAAAAGCCUGAUUUGUUCUAAAGCAAUGACACAUUUAAUCCAAGUUGUAUGUUUUGUACAACUGGCUUCAAUUGCUCUUUCUGUUCUUCCAGAUCCUGUCAAUGUGAUUAUUGACUCAAAUAACUUUGAUCAUAUCCUGAGAUGGGAUCCAGGAGCUGGCACUCCCAUGGGGAUUAAUUACAGUGUUGAGUGGUGUUGCAGAAAGAAGAAUAAGUGGUCGCAGGUGAGAUGUCUGAACGAAAAAGAUGGAAGAGAGUGCAACUUAACAAAAACGUUUCAGGAUGUCCUUGGAGAAUAUAAGGCUCGUGUUAAAGCCAUUACUGAGACACAGCAAUCCAACUGGACUGAGACGAGCAAAUGUUUCCAACCUGUUUCACAAACAAUCUUGGGCCCACCAGAAGUGUCUGUCUCUGGGUGUGGAGAUUGUCUUUUGCUGCAGUUCAGACCUCUGGAAUCUCUGUUGGAUAUCUAUUACGGGUUUGACUAUUCAAUUGUCAUGAAAAGGGCUGGAGAGAAGACUUCUUCAAAAGUGAUAACAACAUUAAAUGAAUACAAAAUCAACAACUUGGAGCGUGCUACAAAUUACUGCGUCAGCGUGAGCAUGUCAGCCAAUACAAAUGGAAACUCAAAGGUUUCGCAGUGGCACUGUGCAUUCACAAGCCCUGAGGGUAAAAGCAAAGUCUCCUUUCUGCUGGUUGCUGUGUGUGUUCCCCUUGUGUUGAGUGCAGCAGUUAUGGCAGCCUUGGUCUACAGUGGUUACCUGUGCAAGCCGAGGACACAGCUCCCCAAAGUGCUGGCCUCUUUUACACUACAUCACAGUUCCUGCAGUCUACAGCAGUGCCUAGUAGCAGAGAGGUGCCCUGUAGUACCUGUAUUCAUCUACAAACAGGAUCACAAGCUGAAAAGCCGAAGUCAGACACUUCUGGACUCCAGUGAAAGCGAGGACACCGACAGUGGGGGUGAAGAUGGGUAUGAAGCACAAACCAUGCUGCCUGCUGUCUGCCUCUGUUCAUCUUCCCUGUUGGGGGAGCCUAAGCAAGCCUAUGAUCCAGAUGACCCGGCACAGAAGCAGCGUUUGCUUGUGUGUGAUGAGCUUCUAGUGGAGCUGCCACAAGACCAACCAGAUCUGGAGGAGAAAGAACCAUUAAUUGAGGGGAGAGACUCUGAACAGGAGGAAAGCCAUCAAGACAUCCCUUUGUUUUCAGUACUGUUGGAGAGGCAUGAUGAUGACGAUGAUGAUGAUGAUGAAAUCUUGGAGAGUCCUCCAGUGGAGGUGGCUGUGGACCAAGAGGAUAGCAAACUUCUGCAAGAACAGCAAGAAUCUCCACUAAUGGGGUCUAUAGAAUCUGUAAACUGCAUUACCGACCACCUCAAUAUAGAACUGAAAGACAAUGAGGAGCAGAGAUACUAUUCAGACUCUGAGGAGGAGGAGGAUGACUGUGAGCUUUCUGGGUACAUGAGACUACUGCGGUCAGUGGUCCCUACUCUGAAAAGUCACAGAGGGAUAGUCUGUGAUCUUUUGGGAGAAAUAUGGAGUGAAGACUCGUUUUAUGAAAUGGUACAGUUCAUAAAACUCAUGUGCUUUCUUCAUCUGGUUCCCAUUGCCAGUUGCGAGUUUCCAGCUCCUGUCAAUGUGACCCUCAUCUCUCACAACUUUCAGCAUAUACUGAGAUGGGAACCAGGACCUGGAACUCCAGAGAGGGUACAAUACAGGGUCAGGUACAACUCCAUCAAAUGUUUUUUGAUGAAGUCAUGCCUGAAUGUCACCAAUACAAGAGAGUGUGAUCUAACAGUAGUGUUUGAUGAUGUCAACGAGCACUAUGCCGCUCAGGUUCAGGCCUUCAAUGAGACGCAGCACUCCGACUGGACUUCGAUGAGCUCCACUUUCAAACCUUUUUCAGACACAAUCCUUGGUCCACCGGAGGUGUCUGUCUCUGGGUGUGGAAAUUGUCUCAGCUUGCAGAUCAAACCUCCCACAGGAAAAGGAAACAUGACUUUGUUGCAAGUUUACUAUCAGUUUGAAUAUAUAAUUGAAAUACAGAAUAUGAAAGAUGGGUACAAGUUCUCAGACACAUUGGAAAAAUGUAAAGGCACAGUGAAUCACAGUAAAGAGCUGGAGCCUGGCACAGAGUACUGUGUAACAGUGUGGAUGUACCGCAUUGGAAUGAAUAUGAACUCAAAGCCCUCUGAGCCACAAUGUGCAUUCACUAGUCCUCAGCCUGUCAGCAAAGUUCCAGGUGUUCUGGUUUCAUUGUUCAUCUUCUUCCUGUUGAUGGCUCUGGUGGUGUCUUCCCUGAUAUAUUCUGGGUAUCUGUGCUCAGUGAAGGCAAACCUCCCCCAAGUGUUGGCUUCCUGUACUGUACACAGUGCCAAUUUAAAGAGGGUAUUUGUUCCAGAGAGUUGCACUGUUGUGGAGCAUGUCUCCCUUUCCCACAAGUAUUGCAGCAUAAAGAAAAGAAACGGUCGGAAACUUCUAGACUCCAGUGAAAGUGAGCACUCUGACAGUGGAGAGAUCGAUGGGUAUGAAAACUGUGCCUUCUGGGUUCCAGACAAAGAGAGUUCCAAUAAUGAACCUGUGGACACUGAAGAGACUGUCACUCCUGUGGAGCUGGGGCAAGCCCUUGUUCCAGGUGAUCCAGCACAGGCAUUGUGUCUGGUUGUGUGUGGGAAGACAGCAGGGCCUCCAGUGGAACAGCCAGACCCAGAGCAACUUGAACCCUUACUUGAGAGGAGAGACUCUGUAGAGGAGGAAAUCUGCCAAGAUGUCAAUUUGUUUUCAGUGAUUUUGGGGGCUACUGAUGAAGACAUCUUUGAGAGCCCUUCAGUUGAGGUGGUUCUGGUUGUAGAGGAUCAACCGCAGGGCUGCUGUAAUAUGCAAGAAGAUCCACAAGAAGAUCUACAAGAAUCACCACUGAUGGUGGCUCUAGAAUCUGUAGAAAUUGAAGACAAAGAGCAGUUGAGCUGCUGUUCAGAGUCAGAGUCAGAGGAGAGUGACUGUGAGCCUUCUGGCUACAUGAGGCGUUCGGUACAGUAGCUGUAUGACCUAUACGAGUGCUUGGGAUCACCUUGGAAAGUCUUUUUUACCAAACCUUUGCAGGUCUUGUUUCAAGGGUCCACAUAUUGAAUAACGGGAGCACAUUUCCAAGGUUUUUAAUUAUUUUCUAAAAAAAGAAAAACAUUUUUUUUUUUUUACAAAACUAGAAUCAAACUCCACAAUCUAAUUGAGGGUUUCUUAAGCACUCUUCAAGUUGUUUGAAGCUCAUUUUGUAAAAUUAAAGAGUAUGUAGUUUCAAAUGAAAUGUUCAUAUAUAAUUAUUUUUUACUGUCCUCUUACCUUUUUUAAAGUUACUCAAAUAUUGUAUUAAAUUCAUUUUUUACAUGGCUUGAUGAAGCGUGCUUUGACCUGAGUUGAAGAGCACUUCUCAAGCUGUAGUUGCCAGAUUCUGUUUUCCACAGUUGUGUAGCACAGUGUAGAUCAGCAUCGUUUUGGAAAGAGCCAGAGCCAGUGCUAUCUAAUAAAGAAGUACAGUAGUGCGCAUCAAGUUUCCUUUUGUAUUGCUGCCACUAAGCAGUAGCUGUUUAAUAGAUGAUGCAAUACAAAUGCUGACUCUCAGGCAACCAAAGCUGAAGAUCCACAGACUACAUAUAUCAAAAACACAGUAUUUGGGUAAUUGCAAUAAUAAACAUAUUGAACAUCUAAUUUGAAGUCACAUGCUAAGAUUAAGCAUGUUUGUACUGUAACUGGAUUGGACACACAGUAAAGGUUGUUAGACGCUCCUACCGUUUCAAACAGAGGUUCAGCAAGGUGGAAAUGCAACAGAAGGCAACACUGAGAUAUUUUCAGGUUUUAUUUGCCCUUUGAAACAAAGCAACACGUUUGUAAAAGGAUGUAGUUUAAACAUCAGUGUUUGAGGACAUUAACAUUAUUAUUUGUUUAUUUAGCAGAUGCCUUUAUCCAAGGCGACUUGCAGAGACUAGGGUGUGUGAACUAUGCAUCAGCUGCAGAGUCACUUACAAUUACGUCCCACCCAAAAGACAGAGCACAAGGAGGUUAAGUGACUUGCUCAGGGUCACACAAUGAGUCAGUGGCUGAGGUGGGAUUUGAACCGGGGACCUCCUAGUUACAAGCCCUUUUCUUUAACCACUGGACCACACAGCCUCUUAUGCUGCCCUGAAACCUGAACCUGCCUAAUACGAACCCUACUAACUUUACACAGUCAGGAAGGUGGUGCUGUUUUGUAUGGGCCAUGUUUCCAGGAUUUGUACUGUGGUUCUCCAAUCUGUCAGUAUUGGUGGGUGUGCCAGUUACAAUUGCUGCCAAUCUAAUUGGUGUCUGUACUGCUGCUUAAGACUGGAGCCAGAGAUCUCAGAGACUUAACAUUUUGAAUCGCCGACCACAAUUAAUCUUUCACAUUAUAAUAUGCAGUCAUUAUCUUACUUUUGUAUCAAGUAAAUAUAUACAUGCACAAACAUACAGGUAGUGGACAAAAAAUUUGAAACACCUAGGUAAAUGUGGGACACCAAGUAUAUUGAAAGCAAGGGCUUUCACACAGGUGUGGCUCAUGUGUUAAUUAAGCAAAUAACAUCCCAGCAUGCUUAGUGUCAUGUAUAAACAUGCUGGACAGGCCUGGUUGCCUAUAAUUAUGGCUAGCAUGGCUGCAAGAGGAGACCUCAGUGACUUUGAAAGAGGGGUGAUUGUUGGGGUGUGUUUGGCAGCAGCUUCAGUGACCAAGACAGCUCAACUUGCUGAUGUUUCACGAGCAACGGUGUCUAAGGUGAUGUCGGCAUGGAACUCUUAAGGGAAAGACAUCUUCAGCAAAGGGCAACAGUGGGCGGAAACGCAUACUCCAGGAUCAUGAUAUCGGUGCAUUAAUUUGAAGUGCAAGGCAAAACAGGAGAACAACUGCAGAUCAACUAACUGCAAAUUUCAAACGGUCUGCCGAGAACUCCACAGAGCGGGAUACCAUAGUGGCCCGACGCCCUAUUAAGUGACUUUACAUUGGUGUUUCCAUUUUUAUGUCCACUACCUGUAUAUGCUACUUUUGUACAGAAUGUAACAGCUUUUUUUUUGUUUGUUUUAUACGUGUACCAGUGCUGAAUGUCUCCUCCAUGUACAUGUAGGCACAUCCUAUGUAAUCUACUGUGAAAACUUAGGAUCUAUUGAUUUAACUCAUUUGACAUGAAAAAAGGUUUCUCAUGCGUUAGGUCUGAACAUCAUUGUGUAAUUAAUUGCACUGUAUUUUAAGAUGAAAACUGCUGGAGUAAAACUAAAUAUAUUUUUUGGGUGAUUUACAUGCCAAAGGAACAAAUGGUCAAGUCCACCUUGAUUUCAACUUCUGAUAGUAGCUGUUUACAAGCACAAUGCCCUGUUUUAGCUUCCUGUCUUGUCUAUUUUAUGGCUAUUAUGGUAACUUUUCUACCUGUGGGAUCAAUUUAGUAAUCUUUUUGUGAAUGUAAAUUAGAAUCACAAAAAGGUGAAUCUUUGGUAGAUAUGGAGAAAUUAAACAAGAUUAAACAUUUCUGCAUUUUUUUUUGCCAUUCAUUCCUGACAGAUUCAUGAAGUCUCUUGGAUGUUUCUUGCUGCUAGACUUUGGUUGCAGUGUGUCAGAGGGUUAGAAUAGGAAGCCAUAAUGUGUGCAGCAGGUCUAAAGCACUGUCCCUGAAAUCAGUUUUAGUUGAAAUCAGUGAAGAUCCGUUUCCUGUAAUUAGGUUGAUGCCACUUUUGUUAUAUAUGUCUUUAUAUAAUUACAGAUAAAUGUAUAUGUCUUUUAUAUAAUUACAAAUAAACAUAUUUUUCAUUU